AUGGACAAACUCACCGCAACGGUGGCUAGGUUUAGUUAUUUGUUCGAGGAAGAGAAGGGCUCCAUUUUGAUGGCUAUCACGCUUGUCAUCCUCUUUACGCGGUUCAUAAUCCCAAGCCCAGCGAAACGCAGCAAUGUGUCUGUACCAACUGUUACUCUCUUCAACCCUUAUCUGCCGGAAUUCCUGAGCCGUGUAUGGUUCAAUUCAACAGCUCCUACUGUUAUAUACAAGGGAUACCGACAGUAUAAGGACCAAGCAUUUCGUCUUCUCAAGCCAGAUGGAGAUAUCAUCGUACUGUCGAAUAAGUACGUCGAGGAGCUACGGCAACUACCUUUCACGACGCUUAACGCUUUGGAAGCGGUGUUUGCGGACCAUGUUGGCAAAUACACGACGAUCUUGAACGACAGUCAUCUUCAUACAGAGGUUAUACAGAAGCGCCUGACUCCUGCUAUCAGUCGAUUGAUACCAAGGAUUAUAGACGAGUUAGACCAUGGCUUUGACGUUGAGAUGCCAGAAUGUGAAGAUAAAUGGGUCCCAGUCAGGCCGUACGAGGUGUUCCUCCGCCUAGUCGCUCGAGCCGGCGCUCGCGUGUUUGUCGGACCAGAAAUAUGCCGUAGCGAGAAAUGGCUGACCGCUUCAAUCGACUUUACAAAAAAUAUAUUCAUGACAAUUACACUGCUACGUCCCAUACCUAGCUUCCUCCAUCCCAUUAUCGGGCCGAUGUUACCCAGUAGCCGGAGCCUGGAUACACAACUGCGAUACGUCCAAGAUGAGCUCCUCGGUCCAGAAAUAGCGAAGCGCCGGCAGAGCGAGGCGGAGGGAGAUCGAGACUACCAGAAGCCGGAUGACUUCCUGCAGUGGAUGAUGGAUCUUGCUCAGAAUGAUAAUGAGGGCGAUCCAAGGAAUAUAGCCCACCGUCUGCUGGGUCUUACCAGUAUGGCAGUGGUGCAUACAAGUGCCAUGUCCAUUACUCAUGGGUUGUAUGAUCUGAUCACCAUGCCUCAAUGGCUUGAACCCCUCCGUCAGGAGAUCCAAGAGGUCAUGCCCGACUGGAAGUCCACCAGUUACAGUAGUUUGGUUGCGCUUCGGCGAUUGGAUAGCUUUCUCAAGGAGUCGCAGCGCUUCAAUCCCCCGGGCGAGCUAUCCUUUCACCGGGUGGUGAAGAAAGACCUGGUCCUCUCCGAUGGCCUCCGACUUCCAAAGGGCACCCACAUUUGCAUGGCAUCUGGACCCAUCGGCAUGGACACCAAGUACGUCUCCAACCCUGAUACUUUCGACGCUCUCCGCUACGUUGACGGGGACAAAGCCCAGUCCCAGUUUGUCCACACCAGUGCUACAAGUAUGCACUUCGGACUGGGUCGGUAUGCAUGUCCCGGUCGCUUCUUUGCAACUUUUGUUUUGAAGGCCAUCCUCAGUCGGUUUCUAGUGGAAUAUGACUUUCAAUUUGGCUCUGUUCAGAUAAGGAGGCCAAAAAAUGUGUUACUCGGUGAUAAAAUCGUGCCCAAUACCUCUACCGAUGUGUAUGUGCGAAAGCGCACGGCGUCGCGGAGUACAGCUUAG